AAAGCAGCAGAGGGGGAAUGUAAUGGUAAAAAACAGAGCCUCAACUCUGCCGAUAUUUCUCAACCUCUCCCUCUCUCUCACUGUCUUUCUUUUAUAAAACAGUUAUUCAUGCGGUUGCCAGCUGGGCUCGGUAUCGUCAGCCCAGGCAGGAUUUCCUUCUUUCCUUUAAUUUUCGGGCUCCGUUACCAACAUGUCCCGUCUGUUCGAAUUCACGCGGUGGGCUUUUCCCCUCCCUCUUCCUCUUUUUGUUAUUGUUGUUGUUGCUUGGAUUGUCGUUGGCGGAAGUGGGGUUCCGCCAAAGGUAAACAAGAAUGAUGGACGUCUGAUUCGCCCGGGCAUCGUCAGCGCGUGGCAGCUGGCAGCUGCCAACCAAGAGCCACCUGGGAGUUGGGAGGGGAGGAGGCGAGAGUCUGUGCGAGACCUCUACCACCGGAUUCCGGAAACCCACCCCCACCUGCCGUUACUAACAUACGGAAUAAGUUUGCGGGAACAGACGUCAGGUCAGGCAGGUAUGUCGGAUGACACCUGCAGCCAUCAGCUAUCGUAUGAGCCGAGACAUGCGUUGCCCCCCUCCCCACGUUCAAGACACUUUCCGCCUCCCGGCACGGUACUGUCAAAGGAGGAUCUCCAAGUCGCCUGACUUGUAUGCCUGUUUCCUUGCGCCGGCCAUCGUUUCCCUGAGUUAUCAGAAUAUCCACGUAAUGGUGGUCUAUCAGAGUUGACUGACUGAACGUGCCUUCCAACCAUCCAUCAAUCAUCAUUACUCCCCUG